UACGGCAUAAUUUGUGUAGCGUAGACUUCUCCAAGGAUUCAAAGGAAUGCGCACGUAUGUAGAGAUCGCUAAGUAGCUGUGUGAACCGUUUAUCUCGUUGUUGUUCAUUCGCGGAAAUGUGUUGCAUUUAGUUUUUGUAAGACUACCCCUUUGUUCAAUUUGUUAGUAGUUUACUUUUGUCUUGAUACGACUCUCCACAGAUCUACCUCUCUGUUUUCUGACUUUGUUGCAUAUUUGUAAGUUUCCUUUCUGGAAUUCACUAUUCUGGCGUCAUUCCAAACCAUUCUUCAACUGUCUUUUGGAGAGCUUUCUUCAUUCGUUGAAUCCUUCCACCUCACUGGCUACCUUCUACUGCUCACGAAUCUUUUCGCAAUCUCUUAUGCCUUUUCUUCAAUCUAGAAAAAUACACUGUGAUAAAAUCUAUGAUUAAGAAUGCACUUCAAAUGCAUCUCCUACGCUCCGCUUACGCAAACAUCACAACAGAUCUGCCCCGGAUGUUGUGAACAGGGCAAAUCCUCUCGUCGCAACUACAUUUCUUCGGGUUCAUACUAAUUCAUCCCCAUUUUCACACGAUGAUCAUCUCAAUGUCGGGACUUUCGCUUCCCUUUCCGUUAUCUAAUUACUUUAGUUUGGAUUAACCGGGUGGACCGAAUUGUAGUGUGAAAUUGUUAGUGUAGUGUACGAAGAUCCUUGUGGUCCAAUAUGCAACAAACUGAACUAGAAAAUCAUAAUUCAAUGUCACAGGAUGCGGACGGUCGGCAACGAUGUCAUUGGUACAUCAUUCUAUUCCAUAGCAGUGCAAGUUAAGGUUUGCGACGGUAGCAACUUUAAUAAUAAUAUCAGGAAUUGAGCCUCUCAGGUGCUCAUCUACACCCAACACUGCCAUAUUACAGACUGUUUCAGGGCGGAAGAUUGAAGCUUAAAGUUAAGGAACUACUCAAAGAUGCAUUAUACCGAACACUCUGCUUUCAACGUGGCUGCCAGACCAGGAACCAGUUAAUAUUUCUCAAUGCAAAAGCAAAUAGUCAAAGUAAAGUGUUUUCUACAUCUUUAUCGAAUAGCGCAAAAAGCCGGUCUACCAGUACAUUAAUGAAUUUAACAAAUCAUGUACGCCAUCCCUUUCCUUUAUCGUCGUCCUGACAUCUUGUGAAACGUGAAUAUAUGUUGCUAUUAGAGGGGGACCCGUGGCAGGGUCCACAAAACAACCACUAAGUCUAUAGCUGGUAAACCAUACAAUAAAACAUUAUAAAAACCAUCAGAACUAA